AUGACUACAUACGGCACAUCCGCCAACGGUUCGUCCGUGGCAAACGGCGCCACCGGCGGCGAUGAAGAGCAGCCAUUGCUGCGCAGCAAGCCCGUUGCCCGAUCCUUGGUGUCCAGAUUUCGAAAGCAGAUGACAGCCGAGGUGUCGCGAUCAUGGGCUGAUAUCGUGCUGCUGCUGUGCUACGUGGUGACAGGGCUGCUGGACAGCGCUUCCACUCAGGUCUGGGGCGCAUUCGUGUCCAUGCAAACAGGAAACACCGUCUAUGUUGGACUGGGCAUCGCUUCUCUCAUUUAUCCUCCCACCAAUGCCCGUCUCUACAAAUCCGGAAUCUCGCUGGCCUGCUUCUGCAUUGGAUCGCUCCUAUUCGCCCGCUUCCACCGUUACUUUUCGCCCAAGAGGAGAUGGGUUCUCUGCGUGUCCUUUGCUGCCCAGACGCUGUUUAUCGUUGCGGCCGCACUCAUCGUCACCCUCACCACUCCAUCUGAAGACAAGGACCACGUCGGCUGGACUGUCCUCGCACCCCUUGCGCUCGUCGCUUUCCAGAGCUGCGGCCAGGCCGUCACAAGCCGCGCGCUCAAGUAUAACGCUCUCACCAGCGUUGUCCUGACCAGCAUCUACUGCGACCUCUUCUCAGACCAGGAUCUCUUUGCGUUUCAGAACGCCGAGAGGAACCGUCGCGCCGCUGCGCCUACGCUGUUACUGAUCGGCGCUGUCUUGGGUGGCAUCUUCUCUCACAGCUCUCUGGGCAUUGCAGGCGCGUUGUGGACUGCUGCUGCUCUCAAGGCCAUCAUGGUUAUCACCUGGUUUUUCUGGCCUGCUGAGCCUUCAGACGAUGAGGAAUAG